AUGGACUUAGAUACGGAUGUCCCAAUGGAAGACGUUAGCGAAGAACAACAGCAGCUGUUGAACCAAUCUUUUGACCAAGGUUCCAGCACCGCCGCCGGUGGUGCCAACACAAGCGCCAAUGGAGCCACUGGCUCUGGCUCUCACAAGACUGAAUUGAACCCCUCUUCUAUCAGUCAAUUGGAUGGAUGGUUAGAUAAAUUAAGCAAGUGUGAGCCCUUGAGCGAGGAGGAUGUGAAAAAGCUUUGUGAUAUGGCAAUUGAUGUCUUACAAUUUGAAGAAAACGUCCAACCGGUGCAAGUACCUGUCACUAUAUGUGGAGAUGUCCACGGUCAAUUCCAUGACUUGAUGGAGUUGUUCAAGAUCGGUGGACCCUGCCCGGACACUAACUACCUUUUCAUGGGAGAUUACGUCGAUAGAGGUUACUAUUCUGUGGAAACGGUCUCGUAUUUGGUAUGUAUGAAGGUUAGAUUUCCUAACAGAAUCACUAUAUUAAGAGGGAACCACGAAUCCAGACAAAUCACCCAAGUCUACGGGUUCUAUGACGAAUGUUUAAGAAAAUAUGGAUCGGCCACAGUAUGGAAAUUAUUCACUGAUUUGUUUGACUAUUUCCCGAUCACCGCUCUUGUUGAUAACAAGGUAUUCUGCUUACAUGGUGGAUUGUCGCCAAUGAUUGAAACGAUUGAUCAAGUUAGAGAACUUAAUAGAAUCCAGGAAGUCCCACAUGAAGGACCCAUGUGUGAUUUACUCUGGUCAGAUCCAGAUGACAGAGGUGGAUGGGGGAUUUCACCAAGAGGUGCCGGUUUCACUUUUGGUCAAGACAUAUCAGAACAGUUCAAUCAUACAAAUGACUUACUGUUAAUCGCAAGAGCACAUCAAUUGGUUAUGGAAGGGUAUCUGUGGUCACAUCAAGAAUCGGUGGUAACUAUAUUCUCGGCACCAAACUAUUGUUAUAGAUGUGGUAACCAAGCUGCUAUAAUGGAAGUUGACGAGCAGCACAAUAGGCAAUUUUUGCAGUACGAUCCAUCGGUUAGACCUGGUGAACCAACAGUUACGAGAAAGACCCCAGAUUACUUCUUGUAG